AUGGACUCUGGGGCUACUGAUCAUGUCACUGUAGAUUUGAACCACCUGCAUAUUAGUAAGAACUACAAUGGAGAUAUUCUUUGUGUUCCUAAAAUCACAAAAAACCUGUUAAGCAUCUCCAAGUUUACCAAAGAUAACAAUGUGAUAGUUGAAUUUGAUGCUAAUUGUUGUAUUGUAAAGGACAAGUCCACAGGAGCAAUGUUGUUGCAAGGAGACCUUAAAGGUGGCUUGUACCAGCUAAAUUAUCUCCCCAUUCAGACCUCCUCCAGCCCCUUUAUGACCAAAAAUCAAAUUUCUUCUCAACUAGCCUCUAUUAACUCUGUUACCAACAUCAAACCAGUCUGCUUUGAUUCUCAGAAUCAUUCCAUGUGCUGUAAUAAGACAAUUAGUUCUUUAGAGUCAAAUAGUUGCCUUAAAGGUCCAUCUGAUGUUUCAUCUGUUGUGUUGAAUAAUGAAAGCUGUUAUCAACCUGUAUUGAGUGAGUCCUGUGUCACCAAUGGUUCUCAAUGUAUCUCUUCUAUUGAUAAUAAAACUAAGGAUGAUAGGUUUAUGAUUUUUGAUAGUACUACUACAUUUCCUCCAUCUGAUUGUUCACAAGCUUCUGCUAAUUUCACAGUCAGUACAGGUGUUUUGGAUAAUUCAACUCUUAACAAAUCCUAUGCAUCUUCUGUUGUUUCUCAUGUUGCUCUAGCAUCUUCAAACAUGCCUCCCAUGGUUACAAAAGCUAAAUCAGCUGCUUGGUUACAAUUGGAAACUUCUAAUCAAGAUGAUAUUCAUCUUGCUUACUUACUUGAUAGGUCUGCAACUCCUGAGCAAAAAUUUAAGUCAUUGGUAACUCACAAUCCAGAUGAUAUUCAUCUAGCUUUCUUAGUUGAUGGGUCUGAAGCUCCUGAACCAGAAACCAAGUCAGUUUCUAAUGCACUUAGCAGUAGCAAUUGGAAGGCUGCUAUACAAAGCAAGUUUGAUGCUCUUAUUCACAACAAUACUUGGACUCUUGUACCCUCAUCUUCAGAUAUGAAUGUUGCUCCUAGAACAUGGUUUGAAAAGUUGAAAUCUGCUCUUCAGCAAAAAGGGUUCCAAAACUCUAUUUCAGACUCAAUUCUCUUCACUCUUCAGCAAGCUUCAGGUUCUACCUAUGUACUUGUGUAUGUUGACGACAUACUAAUCACUAGUUCAGAUGCAAUAUUUAUCACUCAGUUGAUGAAAGAUCUCAACAAUGAUUUUGCUUUAAAUACCCUUGGGUCACUCAAAUACUUUCUCGGUUUGGAAGCAACUAGGACAUUUGUUGGUAUUCAUCUAAAGCAGUCCAAAUAA